UCCGUAGUCCCCAUCUUCUCUCUCUCUCUCUCUCUAAGUUCUAGGCAAUCGUAACCCCCUUACACAAACCAACACAUUCUCUCUCUUCUGGAAAUGUCUCUUAAAUUUACGAAAUCCCACCUCCCAUCACAAAAACCUACACAUUCUCUCUUCCGGACCCUAUCCCUCUCCAUUUCUCUCUAAAAUUUCUCUCUCUCUCUCUCUCUCAAAUUGGCCUCUCCAUAGAUUUCUCGUCUUCUCUCACAGAAACCUCGGAAUUCCCUUUCUUCAAAUUCUCGUCUUCACCGGACAUUCCCUGUCCUCCUUCCUUCGAAAGCUCUGUUUCAGAGAAUCUCUUCUCUCCUCAAACAUUCAACAACCUGCAAAUCCCCUUUCUCUCUCUAAAAAAAUCCCACCUAAAAUCUCUUCUCCCCUCAAACAUACAAAAGCCUACAAAUCGCCGUCUCUCUCUCUCUCUAACCCCAGCCAUGUCUGGUUAUAGUGGGGGCUACGCCCCUUCUGCCCCUCCCCUACCUGAAUCUCAAGGGCAUGAGAAACCCACUUCUUCUCACUCUUACGAACAGAACCCACCUCCUCCUUCUCACUCUUAUGCUCAGAUCCCACCUCCCUCUUCUCACUCUUAUGGCGGAUCUCCUGUAAGCACUUCUUCUUAUGUUUAUGGUCAAGGCGAUAAGAAACCCACUUCUUCUCAAUCUCAUGAACACAAACCACCUCCUUCUUCUUACUCUUAUGCUCAAAACCUACCUCUCUCUUCUCACUCUUUUGGCGGACCUCCUGUAACCACUUCUUCUCAUGGUUAUGGUCAGGUUCCAUCUAGUUAUGGCCGUGGCUAUCCUUCUUCAUGUCCUUAUUUUUCUUCUGGUCAUGGAAGCAGUGUGAGUUUUCCACCGGGCACUCAUCCUGAGAUUAUUAGGAGCUUCCAGAUGGUGGAUAGAGAUGGGAGUGGUUUCAUUGAUGAGAAUGAGUUGCAGUCUGCUCUCUCUAAUGGUUAUCAGACCUUUAGCCUCCGGACGAUUCGGCUUCUCAUGUUUCUCUUCAAGCGCUCUGGUGAUGCCACAAAGAUUGGGCCUGCUGAGUUCGCAGCACUAUGGGAAUGCCUUGGUCAAUGGCGUGCUAUAUUCGACAGGUUUGACAGAGAUCGAAGUGGGAUGAUAGACUCUGGAGAACUGCGGGAUGCUUUGCUAAGUCUGGGAUAUGCUAUACCACCUUCAGUUCUUCAUGUAUUAGUGUCCAAAUAUGAUGAGAGUGGUAAAAGGGGGGCCCUUAAUUUCGACAGCUUCAUUGAGUGUGGACUGAUAAUUAAGGGUUUGACUGAAAAAUUCAAGGAGAAAGAUACGCGUUAUUCAGGAUCUGCUACGCUAGCCUAUGAUGCUUUUAUGUUGAUGGUCAUCCCCUUCAUUCUUUCAUAAAGGUUUCCUAUUGCUUUCAGGACAUUGAGAUGUUAGGGGAAAUUGGGAAUGAUAUAUAUAGCCUUCCCUGUCCUAAUGCAUCUUUUUUUUGUAUAUAGCUGGUGGGGAGAUUGGAUAUUGUUCGAUAUUCUUGUUGGCAUAAUUUACAAUGGUUUGGCA